AAAAGAUCCGUCGCGAGUCGUUUGCUACCUCCGCGGCCGUCGCUGGUAGUGUACCUGCACCAAUGCAGAUGUUAGCUAUUAUGUGUCAGUCACCGUUGGGAAUCAACCUUUUUCUCGGAUGAUCGUCGACACUGGCUCUGCGAAUACUUGGGUUGGCGCGUCGACGCGUUACGCUGGAUCUGGCUGCAGUGCCACCUUUCAAGUCAGCUACGGCUCAGGAUCGGUUUCCGGUAAAGAAUGUACGGGUAGCGUUUCAGUUGGGAGUUUGACUGUUCCCGCGCAGUCGUUUGGCGCAGCUUCCUCUGCCAGCGGUUUUGACGGUGUCGACGGGAUCUUUGGCGUGGGUCCCACUGAUCUUACGAGCGGGACCGUAUCGGGCACAAAUACCGUUCCCACCUUUCUCGACAAUGCGUACUCACAAGGGUCCAUCAGCACGGAAGUCUUGGGAGUGUACUUUAAACCUGAAACCGGUUCUGACACUGCAGAUCAGAAUGGCGAGCUUACGUUGGGUGGUGUCGACACCUCGAAGUACACUGGCCCCCUGACAUAUUUCCCUAAGAGCAUCGUGUCACCGUUCUCCUACUACUGGGGGAUCAACAUCGUGUCGAUCAUGUACGGGAUCACCACUAUAUCUUCAUCCGCCAGUGCCAUCGUCGACACCGGCACCACUCUGAUCUACAUUCCCACCCCUGCAUACCAGGCGUUCUUGAAAGCGUCUGGCAGCAGCACAGAUCCUACGACGGGUCUCUCAUCUUGGACAACCAGACCAACGGGAACUAUUUCGUUCAUGAUAGGAAAUUCAGCCUUCCCGUUAUCGCCGGCGCAAUAUCUCAUCCCUGCCGCUCAGUACGGGCCAUUUGGGCUUCCAAGUGGGAAGUUCUAUUCGUGGAUCUCCGACGGUGGCGCGAGUGGCGUGAACUUCAUCAUUGGGCAGAAAUUCUUGGAGAAUUAUUAUUCCGUUUAUGACACGACCAACUCGCGCAUCGGUUUCGCCACCCGCGCAUGAGAUGCUCAACUUCCUGGGUGCCGGGAUGCAUAUAGGGAUGUUGUCGCAGAUCA